AUGAAAUCUCGAAUUGUUAUCGCUGUUGCUGUUGUUAUUGUCGUUGGUAUUGAUGUUAUUGAUGUUGAUGCUGUUGUUGAUGGCGAUGAUGAUGGCGAUGAAGAAGAAGUUGUAGUUGUUGUAGUUGUAGUAGUCUAUGUGGUAGUUGAUGUUGAUGUUGAUGUUGAUGUUGAUGUUGAUGUUGAUGUUGAUGUUGAUGUUGAUGUUGAUGUUGAUGUUGAUGUUGAGAAUAGAAAUAGAAAUGAAGAUGAAAAUAAAAAUGUUCACCGGCGCUGGUCAUCGACACCUUCCUACCACCCGCGAGCUACCAGUCGCACGGACACUUUUUAG